AUGGGCGUGGGAGCCUUCCUCGAGCCGCUGAUUGUGGUGAGCCUUCUGGCUGGAGGGACCAUCAUCAACCGCGAUCGGCCCGGCAGCGGCAGGCGGAGGGGAUAUGAGAAGGGGAUCCGAUCGUCUUCUUCCUCGCCGAAGCGCUCAUUCGCCGGGGAUACGCUCGAGGCAGAGUCGGGAAGGCGGUGGUCGGGAGAUGGCGACGACUCAAUGCCGCUCAGCCCGUGGAGCGCGGAUUCUUUGGGCGGUUCAUCGGCGACGCUUCUCAGCCAGGGAGAUGACGAACUCGGCCCCAGGUGGCGAUACCGAACGUUGCGGCUUUGGAAGUGGGAGAAGAAAGUCAAGACGCCCAACACAGAGGUCUUCGAGGAUCGUCUUCUCAGUCGGGUAUUGCGGAGGUUGCCUUUCCUUGUCGAGGCGUGGUACUGGGCCCUGAUCUACUGGGUUGGUCGGGCCAUUGGUGCCCUGGCAAUGGACGAGACGACCGUCGACGUCGCGCGGCGACACGCCCUGCAGCUCAUCCACCUGGAACAGCGACUGCACAUCUUCAUCGAGCGGCCCAUCCAGGAGUGGUUCCUGCAGCACGCGACGCUGAUGCGCUGGACCAACCGGGCUUACUCGUUCAUCCACAUCCCGGGAAGCCUCUUCCUCGUCGUCUUCUACUACCUCACGACGACACGGCCGAGGCGUAACGCGCAGAGCACCCUGCCGAGCAAGUCCACGCCCACCGGGGCUGGAUGGAAGGCCACGGGCCUCCCCCCGCUCAACCCGGCACUGUAUGAGCAGAGGCGACGGACGAUGGCCAUGUGCAACCUCUUCGCCUUCGUCAUCUUCACGUGCUGGCCCUGCAUGCCACCCAGGCUGCUGAGCGACCCGAACUACCAGGGACCGGACGCAAAGGAGGCCAAGGGGUACGGAUUCGUCGACACGGUCCACGGUGCGGAUGGCGAGAGCAGUGUUUGGACAACGAACAAGUUCUGUAACCAAUAUGCGGCCAUGCCAUCCCUGCACUUCGGCUACUCGCUCCUCAUCGGCCUCACGGUGGCCACGAUGCCCGUCCAGUUCCGCGGCUGGAAGCGGCUGGCCCUGAUCCUCGGCGGCAUGGCGUACCCGGGCCUCAUCCUGACCGCCAUCGUCGCCACGGCCAACCACUUCGUGCUCGACGCCGUCGCGGGCGCGUGCGUGGUCGCCGUCGCGUGGCACGCCCAGAGCAUCAUGCUGAACCUGCUGGUGCUGGAGGACUACUUCCUGAGGCUCGUGCGCAUCCACAAGCCGUCCAAGGAGCUGGCCGGCUCGAGGGAUGCGCCGAUCGAGUAG